GGGGGGCACAGACCCUAACCCCCCCCAUUCUAAAGGCAGUGAUGGAAUUCACUCGCCCCCCUGGAGCCCCCCCAAGAUGGAGGGGAGGAGCAGGAGCCCCCCCUCGAGAUGGUCCUACAUGAAGAGCUCAGUGACCCCCCAGCUGCCAUUGCGGACCCCAAAGAUGUCGCUGCUGCCAUUGGGAAAGCACGGAGUGCAGUGGGGGGGUGGGCCGCGCUCCCGGGGCGGCUCCGUGCUCGGGUGCUGAGGGGCGGAGCUUCGGAGCUGGGGGCGGAGCCAACAGCAGGAUGGGGGCGGAGCUACGGCGGUGGGCGGGGCGUGUGGAGAUGGGGGCAGGAGCCGUCAAGGAAGUGCCCUGGGGCGGGCCGUGGUGACCCGACUUCCGGUGGGGGUGGUGGGCGUGGCUUGGAGCGGGCCCCGCCCCCUGAGGCGGGUCCUGGAGCUCAUCCCACCAAUCCUGGCCCUGGGAAAUGGCGCCAUCUUGUUGGCUCCGCCCACCGGCCUUGGCCCGCCCACCAGCUACGGAAGGCAUUGCUGGCUGCAGGGCUGCCCGGGGGGUCUUUUCUGUGCUGCCGGGGGGGCUGAGGACCCCAUAGCGUUGCUGGAGCCCCAUUGCCUCGAUGCACUGUGGAUAUGGUGGGGG